AUGGAUCCUGAUGUCUCGUCGCCUAGCCGGCUGGUGCGGCUUCUCAAGGAAAGACAUAAGGGUUUCCAGACGUACAUGCAGCGGCUGAUAGCGAAGUAUAACCAGCCCUUUGAGGACGACCCGCUGGUGCAGAUGGCCACGCUGACCUACGAGACACCCCAGGGAUUGAGAGUUUGGGGAGGAAAGCUGAUAAAGGAAAGAAACAAGGGACAAACUCAGGACCCUUCUGUGAAGAUGAUUACCAGACUAAAUAGGCAAGCUCUGGAGGACAGUGAGAGUUUUCAGCUCUGGACAGACAUCCUGGAAGCUGAAAGCAGCAGUGCAGGUACAAGGUCAGACCAAGAGGAACAGCUAUCUUAUGCCUCGAUGGUAAGAGAAGCUUCUAGUGACAAUGGGCAGAAUCAUCUUUCAGGGCCUGGAAGCCCUCUGAAAAAUGACUUAAGAAGGAAGUACUUGGCCAAGAUGCAUAUCCUGCUUCGAGAUGAGGAGUAUUUUAAGAACGCCGAGAAGAGAGACGGAAAAGACGCACUCAUGCCUUGGGUUCCUUCCUCACCUGUCACACCAGAACCUGGAUGCCAGGAUAGUAUCUCUACAGAGAGCUUUAGUAGCCCUAAAGAGUCAACUUCAGCUGAUACGACCAUUAUACCUAGAAAUGGCAGCUUCUCCUUACUAGAGACCAGCAGCAACAGUCUAAGCAGCCAGUCCCCUGAGGCUGAUGACAUUUGCAAUGUGACAGUCAGUGAUAUGUAUGAAGGCAUGAUCCAUUCGAUGAGUCGGCUGCUGAGCCUACAGCCCUCGUGCAUAAUCUCCACCAAGACCUACAUCAACCAGAACUGGAACCUCAGGAGGAGGCUUUCACGUAAGAGUGGGGUACACUUGAAUAGGACAUACUGCUACGGGAGCAAGCCCUCCCGAAGGAGCUCCAAGCCAGGGAAAGAGGCCACGAUACUGAGAAACUGCACCAACUUACCGCACAUUGUUCCCCUCAAGACAGACUUAAACCUGGAAAGGGGAGCUCUCAAAGGAAGCAAACUCCAAGUCCAUAAAUGUAGUCCAGCUUGGAAGGCGCUUCACGGGACGCCUCAGAAGUGUUUGGACUUAAACACACCGAGCUGUCUUGAGCCAGAAAAAGGAGCGAAGGCAUUCCCGUUGCUAAUAUCACCUGGUAAAAUAGUUCCCAGACCAAGGAUGCUACCUGGGGAAAUUGAAAUGAAAUUUGACAAACUUGCUCAGGAGUGUAGCCUGUCUUCUGGGAAACAGCUUUGCCAGACUGGCCCCACUGAGUCCUGGGCUGUAGAUGUGUACAGAGGUGGUUCUAGAAGCCCGGGCAGCCCCCAAGGCAUAAAAACCCACAGGUUGAGUUCACUUUUCAACAGAGAAAAGGCAAAGAGGUCAAGUGAAGCUUUUGAAGACCUGAGCAAAAUAUCUGUCAAAGCCAGUAGAUGCCUCCCAAGGCGCCAUCCUGCUCUGUUAGCAUCAGAGGACAGCACCUCACAAAACCCAGGCCUUUCCCUUCAAGGACCUGAUUCUGGGCCAAUCAGAAAGACAGCAUCACCCAGGACGGCUGUUUCAGCACCAUGGAGAGGGUCUUGGCCCAGUGGGGAGGAACGCUAUGAGGAGAUUAAAAAAGAAUUUGAUAAGCUUUAUCAGAAGUAUUGCCUGAUGUCACCUCAGCGGGUGAAGGUGACCUCAUAUGUAAGAGUAUCUCCAAAAAAAGCUGGUGCAGCUGUUCCUUGUCAGACAGCCGACUUAAGAAAAUUAAAUCCAGACUCUGGAUUCCGCUGUUCCCCAAAAUUGUCAACAUCUGACAGGAACAGAAGCCUGCAGGGCUCAGUUCCAACUGAGGCACACAUAUCUGUGCGGACUGCUCGUACCUCUGAGAGAGACUCUCCGGUCCCAGCAAAGAGGUGCAAGUUGUCAUACUCCCCUUCAGGAGCAGCGGACCAAACAAUGCCCUGGGCCUAGAAGCAGACUAGCCCCAUGUGGCCGGGCUGCUGAGGAGGUGUUUCUGUCUGUUGAGCAUGAUGGCUAUGUGGAGUGAGUAGCUGUAGGGAGACAAGGCUCUAUGGCAGACACUUCUCCUUCUCUUGCUGGAGAUGGUACCGUCAACCACUGCAGCUCCCUCCCCGUAGCCGUCAGCCCCUGUCCAGCCACCUCCCCUGUUCCAUAUCCCAGCAUCUUUGUCUUUUCAUGUGGAAUGUUAGUUGGUGCUUUGGGCUUCCCCAGACCAUUAUUGGGUCUCCUAAUUCUAUUCAGGGGGAUUCUCGAUGGCAUUCUUUCUCUUAAUUUUAAUUAUUUGCCUUGUCUCUACUCCCCUCUCCCCCACAUCUUACCCAUCCUCACUUCUGCCUCUGUGUAGCUGAAUGUCUCUGGGUACCCAUGGGUGCUUCUCCGGGACAUGGUGUAGACAUGGGUAAGUCCGUGAAUUUGGGACAUAACACAACCAUUGGCUUGAUCUUUGGAGCUCUGGAUUUUGUUUUUUUCUUUUUGGGGGUUUUUGUUUCAUUUGGUUUUUGAGACAGUCUUGCAUAGUGUGAGCUGACCUCAGUCUCACUGUAUAGUCCGGGUGCCCUUGAGUUCCUAAUCCUCCUGCCUCUAUUUCCCAAAUCCUGAGACUAUUUUUGUUUUCCAAUUUAUUUCCAUGGGUAAAAUACUUUGUGAACUAUAUAUUCCUGGUUGAACUUCCAGAAAGGGACUCACCUAGGAUCAGGCCAGACAACACCAGAAGCAACCCCAGUCCUAAGUGCCACACCAACUGGGUCUCUGGCUGCCUGGUGUGGCGGGUGUGCCCACCAACAAUCCCCUUUUCUGUUGGUCAUAAGUUGUUUGCCUAGUUGCCUCAACCCCCAGAGUCCCCUUCGGCUUUCCUCGGCGAAACAGCCCCCGUCGUAUGUCUAGGUGGCCUACUCCAGACACUGGAAGUGAUUGUAAGAUUGUACUCAUGUUGGGGUCCUAAGAUCCUGAGGGGAAGGAAGGGUCUCUAGAGACCUUAGCCACUUACAGGCAGUCUGCCUUCAACUUGCCCAAUAGCCUUUGUAAAUGAUGCCCAGCCCAGCAAUGGAAACAGCUAUGACUUGGUGCCCAUUGGUGCGCUCUGC